AUGGACAAAAAUUUUGAGGAACUGUGCUAUUCAUGCCGCACUGGUGAUAUGGACAAUGUCGAUCGAUUGAUUUCUACGGGAGUGAAUGUGAAUAGUGUUGAUAAGUUUGACAACUCGCCACUUUUUUUAGCCAGCCUUUGCGGUCACGAAGGGGUCGUGAAACUUCUACUACAGAGAGGAGCCGUCUGCGAUAGAGACAGAUAUGAAGGAGCUCGAUGUAUCUAUGGAGCAUUGACCGAUGCUAUCAGAGAUACCCUUCUAAGCUAUGAUAUAUCCAAGGCUGUAGACGUUAAGCAACCCUUUGCUACUCAUAUCUCAUCCAUGUAUAAUGACGAAGGCUUUCUCAAGAGAGAUAUUUCAUUUAGGGUUUCAAAUGGACAACUAUUCACAGCACAUAGGUUCCUAUUAUGCGCAAGGAGCAACAUUCUAGCAGAAAAGAUGGUGACUGAGUGGGCGGACCAUGAAAUUGUAUCCAUUGAAGUCCGCCCAGAUAUUUUUGAGUUUUUUCUGAAAUUUCUUUACUUGAUUCCCAUUCUACAUCAAAUUGAACCAGGACAGUACGAGGAGCUUAUAGAACUAUCUAGUAAAUUUAAUAUUGAAUUAUUGCCCGAAUUUUUAGACAAAGCAAGGCAUAUUGCCGAUCCUACAGAGAAGUCUAGGUUAAUGUCAGAUUAUCAAUAUAAGUUUACCGAGGUUGCAAGAAGCCAACUUUUAGUUUUUGUGAACAAUUGUAUUCUCAGAUCUACCGUUGAUCUUGUCGAUAGUGAGCGACGAGCUUUUUCCUUGGUGAACUGUCUCGCUUAUCCAGAUAUCCAACUCGCAGUAAAGAACCGAAAUGGAAGCACUCAAAUAUACCCUUGUCACUUGGCUGUUUUGAACCGUGCAGAAUAUUUUAGGGCGAUGUUCAUAAACGACUUUAAGGAAAAGGUUACAUAUGUAAAAGCUAAACACUUUACAGGGAAGUAUAAUAGCGUCAUUCCAGAACUGACACUCCCCAAUUGUGAGUUUGAAGUUGCCGAAAUUAUUCUCCGCUAUUUAUAUUCUGAUAAUACAGAUAUUCCCUGGAUGUAUGCCGUCGAUGUUUUAUUACUUGCCGAUAUACUUUUAGAGGACCGUUUGAAAACGAUCGCUUCAACUAUUAUAACACAAUCAAAAGAGUUUAUUCAGCAACACAAUGUCUUCGACGUACUCUAUCUAUCAUGGGAAAUAGGAGUGGAACGCCUAGAACAAUUUGCAGCUAAAUUUAUAGCUAUACAUUUGCAAGAGUUAUAUAAUGAUCCAGAGAUUAAAAGGGCAAUUGUGUUGAGUUCACAAAGAAUUUCUCUCCGCCAGGAAACUGAUACUAUUGAGCUAGUGGAUGAUAUUAGGUACUAUUUGCUCCGAAAAUAUUCCUUUGAACCGGAUGAUGUGGAGCUGUUCGAGAACCAAGAUGAUUUAGAAUACUUAAAACAAGUAGGGUAUCUUGAAUACAGAAAAGAUAUGGAAAUGGUAGAUAAUAUUCUAGCCGAUCUGGAACUUGAUGUAUAG